GUGCUUACGCUUCCGGCAAAGGAGGAAGUUUUGCAAGGAGCUUCCUCCCCAUCUCUCUGGUUCUUCUUGCGCCUCCGCCAUGAAGAUCACUCGGCAGAAGCACGCCAAGAAGAACAUGGGCUUCUACAAGUACAACUUCGGCUUCCGGGAGCCCUUCCAGGUGCUGUUGGACGGCACAUUCUGCCAGGCCGCGCUGCGCAACAAGAUCCAGAUCCGCGAACAGUUGCCGGGAUACCUGGCGGGGGCCACGCAGCUCUGCACGACGCGCUGUAUCCUGAAAGAACUAGAAUCCUUGGGAAAGGAGUUGUAUGGUGCAAAACUAAUUGCCCAGAGAUGUCAGGUUCGCCAUUGUUCUCACUUCAAAAAUCCAGUGAGUGGCUCACUCUGCCUUUUGUCUAUGGUUGAAGAUGGAAAUCCACACCAUUAUUUCAUUGCUACACAGAUUGUUGAUGGGGACCUCAUACUACAGGACCAAGAUCUGACAGCAAAAAUAAAGAAAAGGGCCGGGGUUCCUCUUCUGUUCAUAAUACAGAACACUAUGGUUCUAGACAAACCUUCUGCAAAAUCCUUAGCCUCAGUUCAUACAAUGCAAACAAAUAAGCUUAUUCCAGAGCAUCAGAAGCAAAGCAUUGCACUUCUCAAGGAGCAGCAGGGGCUAGUCAAGACUUCUGACCCCAAAAAAAGAAAGCGAAAAAGAGCUGCUGGCCCAAACCCCCUCAGUUGCCUGAAGAAGAAGAAGAAAAAAAGUGAAGAGGGCUCACAGCCUUCGGCAUCUCAGAAAAAACGGAAUAGGAAGCACAGCAAAAGGAAAUCUGAAGCUGCAGCUGGGUCUGUGUAUUCUGGGCCCCAAAAUGUAGAAGCCUAAAACUGUCCAGGAAAAGUUAGUGGCCAGAAUUUUUCUCUGAACUUUGGGUGAAGACAAUGUUUACAGUGAAUAAAUUUUGGUUUUGUUUUUUUAAA